AAAAGCGUUUGUCCUUUUUGGCUUUUACGUAUUUCCUUCCAUUUAUUUCCAAGCUUUCUUUAAAAAUAGAAUUUUGUAGAAAAAGAGGAAGAGAAUUCAUAAUAGUAUUCUGAUAGACUAGAACGGUGUUGGUGGAGUUGUUGGAAUUCUGCCUAACUCAAUCAAAAGAGGACGAAGCGAGAUGGGUUCUUAUGGAAAGCUUGCAAGGAGGGCAGUGGAGACUGAUAUGCCUAUCAUGGUUCAGAUACAAGAAUUGGUCCGAGGAGCCAAAAAUGCAGUCUCUUUGGCUCAGGGGGUAGUAUAUUGGCAACCUCCUAAACAGGCACUUAAUAAGGUAAAAGAACUUGUAUGGGAGCCGUCAAUUAGUUGCUACGGUUCUGAUGAAGGUAUUCCACCUCUAAGGGAGGCUUUGAUCAAAAAGUUGGGACAGGAAAAUAAGUUGUUCAAGUCAUCAGUGAUGGUUACUGCAGGUGCAAAUCAGGCAUUUGUAAAUCUUGUUCUCACAUUGUGUGAUGCUGGGGAUUCAGUAGUUAUGUUUGCUCCAUACUACUUCAAUGCCUACAUGUCUUUCCAGAUGACAGGUGUUACAAAUAUAUUGGUGGGUCCUGGUCACCCUGAGACGCUUCAUCCAGAUGCAGACUGGUUGGAGAAAACAUUGUUGGAAACUAUACCUGUCCCAAAGGUUGUUACUGUUGUUAAUCCGGGCAACCCCUCAGGAACAUACAUUCCAGAGCCCUUGCUUCAGAGGAUUUCAGAUCUAUGUAAGCAAGCUGGAUCUUGGCUUGUUGUAGAUAACACAUACGAGUAUUUUAUGUAUGACGGUCGGAAACACACGUGCCUCGAAGGGAGUCACAUAGUCAACAUUUUUUCCUUCUCAAAAGCCUAUGGAAUGAUGGGAUGGCGCGUUGGAUAUAUAGCAUAUCCAACAGAAGUGGAAGGCUUUGCUACUCAACUUCUGAAAGUUCAAGAUAACAUACCAAUCUGCGCCUCGAUACUUUCCCAGCAUCUUGCUCUAUACUCCUUGGAGAUGGGACCUGAAUGGGUCACCGAACGAGUGAAGGACCUUGUCAAGAACAGAGACAUUCUUGUGGAAGCACUCUCUCCAUUGGGAGAAGAUGCUGUGAAAGGCGGAGAAGGUGCAAUUUAUUUAUGGGCAAAGCUUCCGGACAAGUAUCUCGAUGACUCUAAAGUCGUUCACUGGCUCGCUACAAGGCAUGGAGUGGUCGUAAUUCCAGGAGGAGCAUGCGGGUGUCCGGGGCAUAUGAGGAUUUCAUUUGGAGGCUUGAGAGAAGAGGACUGCAAAGCUGCUGCAGAAAGGCUGAGGAGAGGGUUGGAAGAAUUGGUGAAAGAUGGAAUGGAGGAGUAACAAACUGCUUAUGACACAAUUGAAUGCAGGUCUUCAACCUAAUAAAUUGUCUGAAAUUAUAAUCAUAGUUUCAGUCAUAUGUACAUUGAUUGGUCAAGUUACUUCACAGGUGCAUGUAUGUAUGAUUUACACUGAAAUUGAUUAUACUGUGCAAAAAAUGUUUGAGGACAGAAGUUGUUAACAUUAUGUAAAACUGUCAAGUUGAUAUUGGAAUAAGAGAAUUAUCAGUUUAUGCAGUA